UAGCGCGAUUUUAAUUUAUAUAAUAUUUUAUGAUGAUAGUCAUGAGUUAACAUUUGCAUAAUUCAUAUCCAACAAGUUAAGUGUUAAUAAUAAACAGUAAUUCAAAUAAUUGAAAAUAUUGUAACAGAAAACAAGAAACUUAAGAUUCAGAACAGUCUUAAUGGAAUAAGAAAUUUGAGGUUAUGCACUAACGCGAGAAGGAAUGAAGGAGUGAACAGAAUGAGUGCCGAUAAAACUUUUCAAAAAUAUGGUAAUAGAAAGUACAUACUAUUUAAAGGAACAAAACAAUUUGACAGCCACGGUAAUAAAGUUCAAGAUGUAAAAACUCAAGUAAAUAUAAAAAAAUAUCAGCAAAAAGGACAAGGUGUAUCCCUAAUACAAUUUUUAAGAACAGAAUUAACUAGAGGUUAUCAAUUAGAAAAUGACGAGGAAAGGUUUUCUGCAAGGAGAGAGAAAAUUUACUCCUUUAUGAAAAUUCCACGGGAAGUUGAAAAAUUUAUGGCCUAUGGAUUUUUACAAUGUGCAGAUUCUUUCCUGUUUGUUUAUACAUUUUUACCACUAAGAUUUAUGAUGGCAUUAUGGACAGUAGUGACCAGACCCCUGUGGCAAUGUUUCAGAAAGGAGAGGGGUAAUAUGAGAUUUGGAGAGCAGCAUCUAAGACCAGCAGAGAUCUGCGACCUUUUAAAGGGAAUCGUGGUUAUCGGCUGUUGGGCAGCUACGUGGAAAGUUGAUACCUCUAUGAUGUACCAUUUGGUCAAAAGUCAGUCUGUAAUAAAACUAUAUAUAUUUUAUAAUAUGCUAGAAGUCGGGGAUAGAUUGUUUAGCGCUUUUGGCCAAGAUACAAUAGAUGCCCUUUUAUGGACAGCUACGGAGCCUAGAUCAAGAACACAAACAGGAUCUCAACAUUUAGGCACUCUACCUCAUCUAUUAUUUGCUGUUGCAUAUGUUUUAUUACACAGUAUAUUGGUGCUUUUUCAAGCAACUACUUUGAACGUGGCUAUAAACAGCAGUAACAAGGCUUUGCUCACUAUAAUGAUGUCAAAUAACUUUGUAGAAUUGAAAGGUUCUGUUUUUAAGAAAUUUGACAAGAACAAUCUCUUUCAACUGUCUUGUGCAGACGUGAGGGAACGUUUUCAUUUAAUGAUGCUUCUUCUUGCUGUAAAUCUUCAAACAAUGAAGGAAUACGCAUGGAAAGCGGAACGCCUCGCAGUGCUUUUGCCAGACUGCAUAAUGUUGCUUUUGGCUGAAGUUCUCGUAGAUUGGGUGAAACACGCUUUUAUAACUCGUUUCAACGAACUUCGUUCAACAGUGUACAGGGAUUAUACUAUAAGUUUAGCAUAUGAUAUGGCUCAAGCUCGUCAGGAGACUGCUUUCUCAGAUGCUUCAGACCUAGUUGCCCGCAGAAUGGGUUUUAUUCCUCUUCCGUUAGGCGUCGCAAUAGGAAGAGUACUUUGCACGACUGUUACGUCAUCUAUCAAACCAGCCAACAUAAUUUUGUUGCUUCUAGCGUAUCUCAUUCUAAUAGCGUUAAAGAUUUUAAAUAGCUUGAUAAUUCUUGGUAAAGCGUGUGAUUUGAUUUCGUCGCAUUCCAAGGAAUCUGAUAAUGAAGUAACGUCUCUAAAACAUUCUUCAACUAGUACCGAUAUAAAGAAUCCGAAUCUAGCUACGGCAAUGUUUUCCAAUAGUGCAAUUAGCUUAAAUAAUGUUUGCUUAAACGAAGCCGUUUUGAAGGAGGAAAUAGGUAAUGAAAGAACUAACACUGAAAACAGUCAAUGAACCUUUCUAUCUUUUAUGUUAAUACGCAUGUAUUCAUUAGCACUUUGUUAAAGUUGUGACAAUUAUGUGACAGAAAAUUCUCAGAAAUGAACAUAAUGGUUUUAUAAAUAUUUCUUAAAAAACAUAUGGAUUUAUA